AUGUAUGACGAAAAGUGGCGAGCGCUGAGAGCGAAACUGACUCCCACUUUUACCAGUGGCAAGAUUAAAUCUAUGUUUAACACCAUAUCGGAUGUAUCUCAGCAGUUGGAAGAUACAUUUCGAACGGAAGUGGGAUCCGGUGGAGUCUUGGACGUUUACGAUCUUCUUGGUCGUUACACAGUCGAUGUCAUUGGAAGCUGUGCAUUUGGCAUCGAGUGUAAUUCCCUUAAAGAUCCUCAGGCAGACUUUCGAGUUAUGGGUAGAAAACUUUUUACUGAAACCGAAACCAAUAUCCGCUGGAUUCUUUUUAAGCUUACCUAUACUGUUGAACAUAGAGAGCGCGAGAAUAUAAGGAGAAAUGAUUUCAUGGAUCUAUUGAUAGACCUUCGGAAAUCAGAACACAGCCAAGGAUUAUCAGUAGAGCAACUGGCAGCUCAAGUUUUCGUUUUCUUUAUCGCUGGUUUCGAGACUAGUUCCAGUAACAUGAGCUAUGCUCUUUUCGAAUUGGCUAAAAAUAAGGAUAGCCAGAGUAAACUAAGGACGGAAAUUCAGAGUGUACUUCAAAAACAUGGAAAACUGACCUACGGAGCGAUGAUGGAAAUGACAUAUUUGGAUCAAGUUAUCAAUGUGAACGCCAUUCACAACGAUCCCGAGAUAUACCCUGAACCCCACAAGUUCAAGCCCGAACGAUUCGCACCUGAAGCUUGUCAGCAGCGUCAUCCGAUGGCUUUUCUUGGAUUUGGAGAUGGGCCACGAAGCUGCAUUGGAAUGAGAUUUGCGCGAAUGCAAGUAAAGAUGGGAUUGAUCACUUUGCUGAACAGAUUUAAAUUUAGUCCAGCUCCCGGAGAGCCAACAGAGGUUGAAAUUAUAAACCAUGAUAUUGUUAGACGUCCUCAAAAAGGUGUUAAACUAUUUGUGAAGCGUGUUGAAACAUAA